AUGCACCGAGGACGAGCUCGCGCUCUUCCCUUCGUCGAUAAAGUCCAAUUCGUCAACCUCGCCGCCCCCACCUCUGACUCUGACGCUAUCCUUCCUCUUUCAGGCUUUUUGGCAAGUCCAAUCGCUGUCGCAAACAACCCAGCAGACAAAAACACAAUCUCGACCCUGAGGGUCUGCGCCGAGAACACCACGCGCAUCGACCCUCCGCCUGUCUGCAAUGACGAUGGGCAGCGUUCGAACCACGUUCGCCAGUCUUGGAGCGAGGAUGAGCGGCGCCACAGCACGGAUGAGCGCUCGCUGUCGUCGCCGCCUGCCGGUAAUGCUGGCUCCAUCUCCUUAGCGAAGAGGGCGAGCAACCAGUCCAGUAUCCGGACGAGCAAAUCGCAUGUCGAGAGGCCUGGCAAGCGGAGGAGGGAGAAGCGGACAAGGAAGACGACUCUGCCAGGUCUUGGUGGGUUGACGAAGGGUAGUGCUACGGCAAGCGCAAACGUGAGUGCGGGUGCGGGUUCGCUGUCAGUGCAGAAGGGGUAUUCGGAGGAGGAUGUGGAUUUCGAUAUUGAGGAAGCGUGUUGGCUCAGCGUUUGUUGA